AUGGACAUGGAAGAAUUUUCCGAUAGCUUCGCAAGUAACUUACCGAGAGGAGACCAAGCAGGGGACUUGUCUAGUUUGGAGGGUUCAGAUAUGGAAUAUGUGGUACUUCCAUCAUCAGAUGGAGAAUAUGAUGAUACAGACUUAGAAGAAGAAAUUUUUCCUGGUCAAACCGAGGAUGGUGCAUUGGAUUAUUAUGGAGAUUACAAUGACCAAAUCCCAUAUGACUUUGAACAUCCAGGUGAACAUGUUUAUGGAGACGGACAUGUAGAAGACGAAUAUGAAGAUGAUCAAGAUGAUGAUGACGAUGACGAUGAUGAGGACAAUGGCGAGGAGGCUGCGUACUAUGAUGAGGAUUUGUAUGAUGAUGUUGAUUCAGAGGAUGAGGAGAAGGCUAAAGGAAGUUAUUCAAAAAAGUUUGGAAAACGUUUUAGAUUUUAUAACUGCUACUUGAUGUUGAAAAUCAUCCCAGAGUAUAACCCGGAACCCCUAGAAGAUCCAUCGUCUGAAGAUUAG